AUAUUCAAAAAAAUUUGAGGGAGAAAGAGAGAAGAAAUUCCAAAGGAGAGGUUGGAAAUUCUCUCCUAGAGAUGCGAGGCAUUUUUGGCUUGUCAAUUCAAGGAGCAUACUACGAAGAGGUGGUUCUAAGCUACAAAGAGCUUACAGAGGAUUUACCACCUUACUGUUUGCUUUUGUUUAAAGCCUUUGUCAUGAUAGAGAAUUAUGAUCGUUAUGAUGGCGAUGGGAAUGUGAUUUCAAUUCCUAAACUUGACCGCCCAUUGAAGUGGACAUUUGGACAUGUGAGAAAACUAGGGGGUGUACCAGAACAAUGGGAUCGACUUGGCAUAUUUGUUUUUCCAGAUGGAGAAGAAUUUGUCAAAGUUGGAACUUUCAAAGCCACAACUCAAAUGGCAAUCGGUGUUACCUACAGCUUGGUUCCUCCUAUCUUGGCAUGCAUUUAUCGUGGACUUCGACAACUGACAAAAGUGCUUGAAGGAUCAUGGGCUAACAUUUUGGAUUUCAUGAUGAGCAUCAGAGCAGGUUAUGUGGUGCUCCGCCAAGAAGGUAGCUUCACUAAAAAGUCUUACAAUCUUCAUCGAUUUGCUAGACAGCAUGGAUUUCAGCAAAGGCUUCCAAGAAGGCAUGUGAAAUUGCCUCAUGGUUGUGAAGUGUCAAAUCUUUACCACCUUUGGUUAUCUUUAAUUCAAGUGCAUAGUAACACAUUUCUUCAUAUCCCCUCAGUUGAAGGCGAAGUAGCAUCUAGGGUUGACCCAGCCUAUUUGAAGUGGUGGAAUGAAGAAGCUUUUCCUUCAAUUUCUACAGUUUGCAUCUAAUUCUUAAAGGCUAGUGAGGCUAGAAAUUUCAUCUCAUCCCUAAUGAAGAACACUAUGAUUAGACCUCAAGGGAAAGGGAAACAGCUUCAGGCACUAUUGUCUCCCUUGUAGAAGCAAAGUAAUGCCAGCGACCUUAGUCCAUCUUCAAAGAAGUAGACAUGCAAUAGAAGUCCCCAAAGAGU